GUAGUACGGCUGCUGCUAGAAAAUGGGGCAGACGUCGAGGCUAGGGGUUAUAAUGAACAAACAUCGAUGCAUAAGGCGGCUGGGAGAGUGGUUACUGAUGGAUACUAUGGGGGGCACGUGGCGAUGUUGCGGCUGUUGCUAGAGAAAGGGGCUAACGUCGAGGCGAGGGAUCAUGAUGGACGGACGGCGCUGCACAGGGCAAGCUAUGACAGCCAUGAAGAGAUAGUAGUGAUGCUAUAUGAGAAAGGGGCUAAUAUCGAGGCAAAAUUUAAGAAUAUUCGGACA